AUGCAAAUAACUGAGGAUAUUUUAGCUGUUUUAGUUACUUUUGAAAAAGAAUUACAAAAAGAAAUAAAAGAGGAAGAUAAAACAAAAAAUAUUAAACAAAAUUCUAAACAAAUUUUGAAUAAUUCAAAUAAAUUAAAACAAGAAUUUGAUAUCCCUAAAGGAAGAUCAACAAAAAGACGAAAUCCUGACAGUUAUGGAGAGGAAGGAAAUUAUAAUACAGGGAAGAAUGAAUAUAUUGUAGAUGAAGAAGAGAAAGGUGAAAUUGAAGAAGAGGAUAAUGAGCAACAAGAACGUCUAAGAAUUAAAGAUUUGCCUUUUUUGAGGGGUGCAAGUCCAGAUGUAAUUGAUUUAUUUCGAAAAGUUAUUGAUGAUCCAGAAUUUCCUACAGAAAAACGUAGACUGGAAGAAAUUCAAUUACUGGCAGUUUCUUACUUGAAUGCUCGACAAUUAGCCAAAUUCGAUGCAUGGGCAACAACGAGGAGAAAGUGA